UGCCGUUAAUAAAAUAUAAAUUUUUGUUAGUGUUAUUUCAUUAAUUGUUUAGCAUUUUUGACCUAUUUUUUUUAAUUAAUACGUUGAAUUUUCAAUAAGCAUAAGACUCACAAUCGACAAAUAUUGUAAGCCUGAAAAAAUGACAAGAUGCAAUAAGAGUGAAGUUAAUCUUAAAAGCACUGCAUACAAUCAAAAUGGACAGAGUUAUUUCGAACAAUUAACAGCGUAUAAUUCUAUGAGCCUGCAUUUGCGACGUGUUUUAUUAGCAAAAUGUGCUGUUGAUGCUAGAAACAAAACCUACAUGCGUAGAAGAAAACAGACGUGUAAACAAAUAGAUUGGAAACCACGAUAUGUAAAAACGGAAAUUAAAAAUAAUAUAAUUGAUAGAUUGGCGUAUGAUACUUCGUAUUAUCCAGCGGAUUUUUUAAGAAUGAACUCAAAGUAUUACUGCCAGCAUGAAGAUCAAAAGUACUUCACUGAUCCCUUGUACGAUUAUAAUGAAAUCUCUUUACGAUCAAGACUACACGUAGCUUGCCCAAGUUCAUCGACCUUUAAAACAAAUAGUUUAGAGCCAGUUAUAUCAGAUAAUAAAAAUAAAAGGCAACAAUCUUAUACCCGGUUUAAUAGGGACAAGAAAGUUUUUAAUCCCAUGAGUGUGAAAACUGCGGUAAAAAUUCAAGAUAGAGUUGAAAAAAAUUCGAUAUAUUACGAAUCUACUUGUGAUUAUUUAUCACAAAACAUUAAUCAUCUUUCAUCGGAGAUUAAUACAUCGAGAAAUUACGGAGAUUACGAAACUCCUCAAAUAUCUAUUAACUUAAUCGAUAGUCACAAAACAUGUACAGAAGAUGAAGAAACGAAGUAUGCAAAAUUUAUGUACGAUAUUACACACGAAAUAAUACUCAAUGGUUUGUACACUGAUAAAGAACUACAAGAAGUAUUUAACAAGCACAUUGAAGAAAACAAGACACUUCUAGAUAUGAAUCGAAUGCUAUAUGAGAUUUAUCAGUUAAAAUUCGCUUUGAAUAUAUCGGAUACUUCAGAGGAAGAAAAAUUAGAGGAUCUUAUAUGUGCUCAGCAAUUAUUAAAUAUUUCUGAAAUUCGACCACCGACGCCAUCAAAAGUUCUAAAUGAAAAUAGAGUUCUUAAAAAAUUAACGGAUUAUCAGAAUCUAGACGAAAUUAGGCGUGAUUCAUUAAGCCGCAGAAAAUCAGUUCUAUUAAUUGAUGCUAAUCCCGAGUUACAUAUAACUGAGAGAGAUGUGCUAACAUCAUUAAUAGAAGCCGAUAUCAAUCCCAAGGAAGCUCGAAAAAUUUAUAGAAGACUUUCUUCUAAAAGCAAAUCAUUGUUCAAACCAAACGAAGAAUAUGCUAUGGGAGAAAACAUUGACAUAUUUAAUAACAGUUUAACAGAAUCGUAUAAUGUAAACAAAGUAGAUGAAUCAAAAAGGAGUUCAAUGAUCGAUGAUUUUAUAACACAAGAGAGUAAAGAUGUACAAACAUAAAAAAUAAUUAUAUAAUACUAAACUAUGAGAAUACUUUUGAAAGAAAAGAAUUCAAAAAAUAUAUUUAAUCUAUAAUUAUAUUUGUUUUACAAUCAAGAAAGAUAUUUUAAUAUUGUUAUUCUUUCUUUUAUUAGUUUUACAAUAAGUAUUACACAUCAUUAUUUUCAUCCUUAUUAAUUCUUUUACAUUGUCAUUCUUUAUUUCAACAUAAAAUAAAAUAUAUAACAAAAAAAUA